AUGGGAUUCGGCACCAUAAUCAACCUCGCCCUCGUCGCUCUGGUCGCCUUCUUGGCUGGCCCAAUCAGCCAUUUCGUGCAUAUUACAGGAUUCUUCCUCACACCCAAUUCGACAGUGCUAGGUGAAGGCCAAGGCCCAAUCUACAUCGAAGACACCAUCCACUGCGAGGAUGUGCACCACUACCGCCCGGCGAACCUGCUGUUCACUGCCUGCGAGGACGACAAGAGCACGCGGUUUAGCUGGUUCCCGCCGCUGGCCAGCUUGCUGCCACUCAAGGCCCAGGGCUCUAUCCAUGUCGUGGAUCCCAAGACUAUGAAAUCAACUCGUCUGUCAUUCGAGAACUUCCAAGGCCCCUUCGUGACACAUGGAAUCGAUGUCAUUGAGGAUCCUGAGCAGUCAGGCGCAGUCUAUAUCUACGCCGUCAACCACAUGCCCAACCCGGCUCACUUCGAAGCCGGCGAGCCCAAAGACAUCCCGAAAGCCCAGUCUCAGAUCGAGCUCUUCCACCACACCAUAAACUCAAAUUCCAUCCGACAUGUGCGCUCAAUCAGCCACCCGCUCAUCAAAACUCCCAACGACAUCUAUGCCAUCAGCCCGGUCUCCUUCUACGUUACCAAUGACCACUUCUACCGCGAUGGUCCCAUGCGACUCAUCGAAGAUGUCUGGCGUCCAGCCAAGUGGUCCGACAUCAUCCACGUGCAGAUCGCCGAUCUAAGCAAAGACGCUCCCAUCGAAGCCUCCGUCCGCCUGACAGGUAUAUGGAACAACAACGGUCUCGGACAUGGCCGUACCGACAAGGAAGUCGUCAUUUCCAGCGCCAUGGGCGGUGAGAUCUUCCUCGCAACUCGACACGAGUCGAAUCACUCUAUCUCCAUCGAGACCUCGAUUGCCUUUGCUAGUUCUCUCGCGGAUAACCCGUCCUACUAUGACGACCCAUACCGCACCGACUCGCAUGAUGCGAGCGGAUAUCUGGUGGCUGGUGUCUCGCAGGCUAUUCACUUGUUGGCUAAUGCUAAGGAUCCGAAUGCUUUGGAUGCUGUUCAGGUGUGGUAUACGACUCUCAAUUCGAGCACUGGGGUCUGGGAGAAGAAGGUGCUGUUUGAGGAUGAUGGGUCCAGGAUUCGGACUGCGAGUGCGGCUGUCUUGGUGCCCAUUGAGCCUAAGGAUGGUAAGAAACUUGCUUGGCUCUUUGUUACUGGGUUUAUGUCGGAGAGUAUGGUGGCUGUACAGGUUGAGUUGUAG